GAAAACCGCCGCCGAGUACAGGGACAAGCCCAAACAGAUUGUCGGAGGCACUGCCUCCCCGUCCUGCGACUCGGCGGCCGCGCGUCGACGCCGGCGGCGGCGCUGCCGCCCGCGGCAGGCGCACGGCCACGGCCGCCCCGCGGGAGCCGGGCCCCGCCGGAGUGCAAGGACCCCGUGUUCCAGUGGCUGGAGCAGCGCCUGCCGACAGACGGCUGGGGCGACGUGCUCGACGCGGGCACGGGGCCCGACUCCCUGAAUUGGCUCGCGGCUGGCCCCGCAGGCCCACAUCAAUUCCAACGGCGGGCACAUGUACGCCCACGAAGGAUUGUUUCAGGCUCCAUCACAGCGGUGACCGCCUGCGAGGACAUGCUCGAGACCGUGCAGGAGGAGGUGAGCGAGUGCCUGGACCCGUCCGUCGACAGGCUUGUGAUUGGCAACUGGGAGAAUCCCGACAUGCUUAAGG